GCCCAGUCCAUCCACAGCAUUGGAUAAUCUGGACGUCAGGCAAACAUUCGAGACCCAAACAUUUAUCAACCAGCAAUCUAACUCACUAGUCACCAUCAGUCCUCCCAGCAGCAACCAUCUGCAUUGGCAGACGACGUUUACUAAUUAAGCGUAUAUUUCCUUCCAGCCUGAAUUCAGCUAUACUCAACUCGCACCAACCGUUGCAGCAUCUAGGUGAUACUCUUGCAUGACGGAUUCGCAAGCUGCUGGCCAAUUUAAUACCCGCUUGAUUGUCAUCAAGGCCCGUUCCCUUGCUUAGCUACAUACUGGGCUUUAGCAUUGCGCAGCUUUCCCGACAGGCAGAACAAGCGCGCCAGCGGAGUGUCAGCUGGUCUCCGCGGUUGAUGACGUCGGGACUGCCCGGCCACCAUUGAUCACGACCCAGUGGCGAUCUACGGUUUCUCACCAAUAUGAUGGAAACUAGCACUAGCUCACAAUGCUCGGCCCUCAAUCGGCGGGUUCCCGUUGAUAGGGCGUCCUUGACCUCAUCCAUCAGCGAGACGCAGCGACCAAGACCUCUGCAUCUCUUGGUUGCCGCCAACGGUCCCCGGGAUGUGGCCUUCGCUGAGGCGAUUGCCAUUCGCCUGUCCAAAGAGUCACAGAUCAUUACACGGGCCGUGGUCGACGAGAUGACACACAGAUUGGCGCAGGAGAUCAUGGUUCUUCAAAAUAAGAGUUUGAAGAAGGGCCUCGCCGAUGGCUCUAGUGCAAAGGACGUCGAGUUCUGCCAGCAGCAAGCAUCUGAGCUGAUAGAAUGGGCCGACCUUCUCGUGCUCGCGCCCAUUGACGCAGACACUCUGGCCAAGAUGAUGUGCGGAAUAUGCGAUACGCUGCUCCUUGAGGUGCUGCGAGGCUGGGAUGCCUCCAAAAGGAUAUUGCUUAUACCCGGAAUGACGUCUCAGAUGUGGGAGAACCCGGUUACCAAGAGGCAGAUGAGCAAGCUGCAUCGCAAGUGGAGCUGGAUCAGGGUCAUGCCGCCCAUCCUCUGGCAUUACGACAAAGGGAGCAGCCCCAAACGCAUCGUCGACUGGAACGGCUUCAAUGAGGUGCUGAGCAUCAUCAAGAAUCAGGCGGAUUUCCUUAAACUGGGCCACGACGUUGAGGUUGGUGCACAGUCAGGGUCGCCCGACCCUUCCUGCCGUAAGGCGCGAAGCAGACUCCCUCCUGAAAUAUGGAGCAUGAUCUUCGAGUUCACAAACGACUGGGAACUGGCAACAUGUCUCGGGGUUUUCACUACCUUGGAGAUGCCUACGAAUCAAGGCUGGAGGCGCGAACCAAAGGACCCCAACGACCCGCUGCAGGUCUUCAUGCACGAAUUGGAGUGGACUCUGCUCACGGCUGACACAGCGGCAGUGUGCAAGAAGCUUUCCGAGGCGCCUCCGUCGUUCCAUGACUUAUCAGCCCUGGCUGUCCACCUCAUCUUCAAAUUCUCCCUGACCGGCGUUCUCACAUAUAUAGAGUCGAAUUUCCCCCACAUCUUCAAGUGUUUCGAUGGCAAGACGAUACCGACCAAAGCGUCUGCAUACUAUGGCCGGACCGACAUCCUCGACUGGUGGGCAAGAUCCCCUUCCUUCCUGGAGAAGCAGUACGAUGCGGAGGCGCUGAACGGGGCGUCCGGGAGGGGGUUCGUCCACGUUUUAGAAUGGUGGCGGUGCUCAGGUCUGCCGCUCAAGUAUACCGAGGCGGCCUUCGAGAUGGCGAGCUCGAAAGGCCACGUGCAUGUCUUGGAGUGGUGGCGAGAAGCGGGCAGGCAAGACCCGUCCAUCGAGCCUAAGCCCGGCCGCUCGCUCCUGGCUGCCGCUCAGUGUGGCCAAUUGGGGGUGAUUCGGUGGUGGGAACAGAGCGGGAUCCCAGUGGGACACCAGGACGCCGUGUGCAAGACGGCGAGCCGGUGGGGUCAGGUCAAGGUGCUGGACCUAUGGCGCCAGCUGCGGGGCGACGAUAAACUUCAGUUUGAUAAUCAGAUCCUCAUCGAGGCAACCCAGCACGCCCAUAUCCCCGUGCUCGAGUGGUGGCGCAAGUAUGCGCACGGAGAGCUUCCCGGAAUGGAAGAUGGCAAAGGCGUUCGGGUUGAGUACAAGACGAUGGACGUUGAGGAGGCGCUGGAGGACUCGAUGGGGGACCAGACAAAGGUCCGCAGAUGGUGGGCAGAGAACGGGCUUAAUCUGGGACUGGGAACGAGCGAGUGGAUGAAGACACGGUCCCUGUGAGAGAGGUUGUGGGGAUGCCUGUGUUUGCAGUAAUAUGGCGCAGCUAAUGGAGGAAUUGGAAAAUCUGCUAUAUGGAGAGAGACUUCGAAUGGGGUUAUAGGUUAUCGGGACUUGGCAGGGCACAUGGUGGGACAAAGGUCGUAUACAGGUGCUGGGAAUGGGAGACAGACAUGUAUUCUGGAGUAUAGGUAUGUCUGGCGGAACGGAAAAGAUGCCAUGGGUUUUAAUCGAAUUUCGCCGGGUUACUGGGUAUCAUCCUCCUCAAAACAUCAAUCUGCCGUAUCUGGCCCUUGUUCUUCAAUUCAGCAAUGCCUCUCCGG